UAGCUGGGAAUAAAAACAAUUGUUUUCACACAAAUCAGAAAAGGCCGCAAAAAGUCGCAUAAUUUUUUAAAUUGAAAUCCUUUUUAUUAUGUCUCGGAAGGAAGCUCUCUCUCAGUUUAUAAAUCAAAUUCAUGGACGUCCCGUGGUUGUGAAACUUAACAGUGGUGUUGAUUACAGAGGCGUUUUAGCAUGUUUGGAUGGUUAUAUGAAUAUAGCUCUUGAUCAAACUGAGGAGUACGUCAAUGGUCAAUUAAAAAACAAAUACGGAGAUGCUUUCAUACGUGGCAACAAUGUCCUAUACAUAUCUACACAAAAAAGAAGAGUGUAAUCAUGUAAAAUAAAUGUAUUU